AUGAGAUCCAUCACUGCUUCCGCCUUCAAGCUCUGCUGCACUGCAGCUCUUAUUUUCAGCAAAAGCUACGAACAUGGCAAUGACCACGAUGUUAUUGAGGAGGGCCCCUCCCGCCUUCUUUUCGUUGGCCAGGCCGCUAUCGGCUUGUACGUGAAGUACAGGCCUAACGGUCGCCGUGGUGAGGACUUCGACAUCAGCUACACCAACGAGAGUGAGGAGGCUUUCUCCAGCAUUGGAGAGAAGAAGGGUGUGGACGCCAUUAACCCCGACGGCCCCUCGGUCACCACUGCCCGUACGUACGCCAAGUUGGGUGGUGAGGCCGCGUACAUUGGUAUUCUUGGUGACGACGAUUUGGCCACCAGGUUCGAGAAGGCCAUUACUGCUGACGGUGUUGAGGACAAGACCAUCCGCCGCGACGGUGAGACCACCACUGAGUUGCACUCCCUUGUGACUCCCGACGGUGAGCGCCAGACCUACAAGGUGUUCGGUGCCGGUGGCUCUAUCUCUGAGGAAGAUAUCCAUGUGUCCGUCAUGAACAACUUCGACUACUACGUCGUCAGCACCAACAUGCUGCGCAGCCCCGGCAAGCUCGCUUUGACCACCAAGAUGGUUGAUGCCACCCUUAACAGCGGCAAGCAGAUCAUCACCCUGUUGCCCACCAGCGAUUUCGAGGUGAGGUACAAGGAUGCUCUGUUGAACAUCGUCGACAAAUCUGCGUACGUCUGCGGUACCAAGGAGGAGUUCGCCAGGCUGUACGGCAUCAACAACAUCAGCGGUCUGAAGCUGUACUUCUUGAAGGCCACCAGCGGUGAUCACCCCAUCCACAAGGCCGUUAUCAUGAUGACUGAGGAAUUCGGUACCUUCCUCUUCUACGGUGGCAGGUUCCAGUACAUUCUGCCCAGCACUGUGCUCGCCGUCGACACCGCCGGUGCCGAUGACGUCUUCGGUGGUGCUCUGUUGUACGGUAUCCUGAACGGCUACACUGUGCAGCAGGCUUCCAAGUUGGCCCACGCUGCCGUGAGCGACAUUCUUACCCGCAUUGGUAUCACCUUCAGCGAGGAGCUUUCCACCAGGUUCGACGAGAUCAAGCGCCUGCCCUCGAAGAAGCUUGAGGAGGAGAUGCAGGAGAAGGCCUGGGAAGACAUGACGAGGAGCAUGGGCACCCCUCAGUUGGACACUUACGAAAGCGAGUAA